UUCCAAUCUACCUCUCACUCACACUCUAAUACUAUCAAAUAACAUUCUAGGCAGCCUCUAACAUGGGCCUUAAUUAAAAAAUGGUAGCAUAUUUUGAGAAAACAUUGACCAAAUCAUACUUUGAAAAUAAUGAUUUCAUCCUUCCAAGUAGCAUUCUUGAAUUUCUCCCAGACGAUGACCGUGAAGCUGUUGUAAUUUUUGAAAGAGGUGCGUACAACAUGAAAUACAAAGUUGGUGCUCAUACGCGCCUCUAUCAAGGAUGGAAAGAAUUUAUAGAUGCUAACGGAUUGAGGACAGGGGAUGUAUCGUGUUUCAAGGCCUGUGACACUGCUAGCGACCGAAUAGCCUUCCUUGUUGAAAAAAAAGCAGGAGAUCAUAGAAAUAGAUUAGAUUAGGUCUCCGUGUUUUCAAUUUAAGUAAGGUUUAUGUUGGUGCACA